AUGCAACAAAUCCUAAUGGCUCAAGGAAACUUUUGGACUUAUAAAGCACCGUCGUCAUCACAUUUAUUGCGCUGUCAUCACGCUCUUUCAUCGAAUCUCAUAAUUCCUAAAAGGUUCUACAGAGGAAAAUCGAGAAGACCGAGGGAGUGGACCAGUGCAAGUCAUUAUACUGGUUGGAGUGGAAUUAGGGCCAUGCCUAGCUCUUCAUUCGAUACUAUUUCCGGUGGUGGUAACGCUUCUGACGAGAAUGGCGCUCUCCGUAAUUUCAAGCUGAACGAGUCGACUUUCUUGGCUUCUUUGAUGCCGAAGAAGGAGAUUGGCGCUGACCGAUUCAUCGAAGCUCAUCCUGAGUUCGAUGGUCGAGGAGUUGUUAUUGCCAUAUUCGAUUCUGGUGUUGACCCUUCCGUGGAUGGAUUACAAGUUACCUCAGAUGGGAAGCCAAAAAUCCUAGAUGUUCUUGACUGCACUGGGAGUGGAGAUAUUGAUACAUCGAAGGUAGUUAAGAUUGAUGCAGAUGGUUGUAUUCGUGGAGCUUCAGGGGCUUCUUUAACUGUCAAUUCUUCAUGGAAAAACCCUUCCGGGGAAUGGCAUGUGGGCUCCAAAUUGGUGUAUGAGCUUUUUACUGACACAUUGACAUCACGUUUGAAGGAAGAAAGAAAAAAGAAGUGGGAUGAGAGAAACCAAGAGGAAAUUGCUAAGGCUGUGAAGCAUCUUGAUGAAUUCAAUCAGAAACACCCCAAAGUGGAUGAUAUGAAUUUGAAAAGAAUCCGUGAAGAUCUCCAGAACAGAAUUGACAUAUUACGGAAGCAUUCUGAUAGCUAUGAUGACAAAGGUCCGGUCAUUGAUGCUGUUGUCUGGUACGAUGGAGAAGUCUGGAGAGUUGCUCUUGACACGCAGAGCCUUGAAGAUGACCUUGAAUGUGGGAGACUUGCUAAUUUUGUACCGAUGACAAAUUAUAGGAUAGAACGGAAGUUUGGCAUGUUUAGCAAGUUAGACGCAUGUACGUUCGUUGUUAAUGUGUAUGAUGGGGGAAAUGUCUUAAGUAUAGUGACAGAUAGCUCGCCUCAUGCGACCCAUGUUGCUGGAAUUGCUGCUGCUUUCCAUCCAAAGGAACCAUUGUUGAAUGGAGUAGCACCUGGAGCUCAAUUAAUAUCGUGCAAGAUUGGAGACUCGCGACUGGGUUCAAUGGAAACAGGUACUGGCUUGACACGGGCAUUGAUAGCUGCUGUGGAGCAUAAGUGUGAUCUUAUCAACAUGAGUUAUGGGGAACCUACUUUACUACCAGAUUAUGGCCGAUUUGUUGACCUUGUUAAUGAGGUGGUGAACAAGCACAGGAUUGUAUUUGUGAGUAGUGCUGGAAAUAGUGGACCAGCAUUAAGCACUGUUGGUGCACCUGGUGGUACCACUUCAAGUAUUAUUGGUGUUGGUGCUUAUGUCUCUCCAGCAAUGGCUGCUGGUGCUCAUUCUGUUGUUGAACCCCCUUCUCAAGGGCUCGAAUACACUUGGUCCAGCCGAGGUCCCACAACUGAUGGAGAUCUUGGAGUCUCUGUAAGUGCUCCUGGUGGUGCAAUUGCUCCUGUCCCUACAUGGACUCUUCAACGGCGCAUGCUCAUGAAUGGAACAUCAAUGGCAUCUCCAUCUGCUUGUGGGGGAACUGCUUUACUGAUUAGUGCAAUGAAGGCUGAGAGCAUUUCUGUGAGCCCAUAUUCUGUAAGGAAAGCUCUUGAGAAUACCUCUGUUCCGGUAUCUGGUUUGCCAGAAGAGAAGCUAUCCACUGGAAAUGGGCUCAUGCAAGUUGACAAGGCAUAUGAAUAUAUAAAGCAGUCCCGAAAUGUUCCAUGUGUUUGCUAUCAAAUAACGAUCACUCAAUCUGGAAAACCAUCUCCCACAUCAAGAGGCAUCUAUCUAAGGGAGGCUAGUUCCUGCCAAAAGUGCAGUGAGUGGACAGUGCAAGUUGAACCAAAAUUUCAUGAAGGUGCUAGCAAUUUAGAGGACCUGGUCCCCUUUGAGGAGUGUAUUGAGUUGCAUUCUACUGAAAAGGCUGUUGUGAGGACUCCUGAUUAUCUCCUUCUUACCCAUAAUGGGCGUAGUUUCAAUAUAGUGGUGGAUCCUACCCAACUUUGUGAUGGCCUACACUAUUAUGAGGUCUAUGGAACUGAUUGCAAAGCACCAUGGCGUGGCCCACUUUUUAGAGUUCCGGUUACUAUAACAAAGGCUAUGGCUGUGAAAAAUCGGCCUCCGGUGGUUUUGUUUUCGAGGAUGUCAUUUCUACCAGGUCACGUGGAAAGGAGAUAUAUUGAUGUGCCACUUGGUGCUAAAUGGGUGGAGGCAACCAUGCGAACGUUGGAGUUUGAUACAGCUCGUCGAUUUUUUGUUGACACAGUUCAGAUAUGUCCCUUGCGAAGGCCUAUCAAAUGGGAGAGCGUUGUGACAUUUUCUUCUCCUGCUGCCAAAAGCUUUUCCUUUCCUGUGGUGAGUGGGCAGACAAUGGAGUUAGCUAUUGCUCAGUUUUGGUCAAGUGGCAUAGGAAGUCACGAAACAACUAUUGUAGAUUUUGAGAUCGUAUUUCAUGGGAUCGAUGUCAAUAAAGAAGAAGUCCUGCUUGAUGGAAGUGAAGCACCCAUAAGAAUUGAUGCUGAGGCGCUACUGGCAUCUGAGAAACUUUCCCCUUCUGCUAUGCUAAAUAAGAUUAGAGUUCCAUAUCGUCCUGUUGAUGCUAAACUUACCACUCUAACAACAAAUCGUGACAAGCUACCUUCAGGAAAACAGAUACUUGCACUCACAUUAAUUUACAAGUUCAAAUUGGAAGAUGGUGCUGAAGUGAAGCCUUACAUUCCCUUGCUGAAUAAUCGCAUAUAUGAUACUAAAUUUGAGUCUCAGUUUUAUAUGAUUUACGACACUAAUAAGCGUGUUUUUGCCAUGGGUGAUGUUUAUCCGAAGUCUUCAAAACUUCCCAAAGGCGAAUAUAAUUUACAACUAUAUCUAAGGCAUGACAAUGUGCAACAUUUGGAGAAAUUGAAGCAACUGGUCUUGUUCAUUGAAAGAAAAUUAGAGGAAAAGGAUGUCAUUCGCUUGAACUUUUUCUCUCAACCGGAUGGCCCUGUGAUGGGUAUUGGUACUUAUAAUUCCUCAAUUUUAAUCCCAGGAAAGAAAGAGGCAAUUUAUUUGGGUCCGCCAACGAAGGACAAGCUUCCUAAGAACUCUCCGCAAGGAUCUUUAUUGGUGGGGGCAAUCUCCUACGAAAGGCAUUCAGUUCCUGGCCAGGGAGAUGGGAAGAAUCCAACCAAGAACCCUGUUUCUUAUAAAGUUUCUUACAUAGUGCCACCAAACAAGCUUGAUGAGGAGAAGGGGAAAGAUUAUUCUCUAGAUUGCUCUAAACCAGUGUUGGAACGUUUAGAAGAAGAGGUUCGAGAUGCAAAGAUUAAAGUUCUUGCAAGCUUGAAACAAGACUCUGAUGAAGAACGCUCUGAAUGGAAGAAGUUAUCUCUUUCUCUUAAGACCGAAUACCCAAAAUACACUCCAUUGCUUGCUAAGAUAUUGGAAGGAUUGCUUUCUCGGAAUAAUGUUGAAGAUAAAAUUCGGCAUGAUGAAGAGGUUGUAGAUGCAGCAAACAAGGUUGUUGAAAGUAUUGACAGAGUUGAGCUCGCUAAGUUCUUCUCCUUUAAAAGUGAUCCAGAAGAUGAGGCGGCUGAGAAAACUAAGAAAAAGAUGGAGACUCUUAGGGAUCAGUUGGCUGAGGCAUUGUACCAGCAAGGACUAGCACUGGCUGAGAUUGAAACUUUAAAGGGUGAUAAAGCUUCAACGGUGGCUGAAACUGAAGGCACAGAGGCCAUGGACAAGACUGAUGAAUCGGCAGAUGACGCCGUUAGGCAGGAUUUGUUUGAGGAAACUUUCAAUGAGCUGAGGAAAUGGGUUGAUAUAAAGUCCUCUAGAUAUGGUAUGCUCUUAGUGCUACAUGAGAAACGGCGUGGAAGUGUUGGGACUGCGUUAAAGGUGUUGAAUGACUUGCUUCAAGAUGAUAGGGAGCCUCCCAAAAAGAAGCUCUAUGAAUUGAAGAUCAGUUAUCUCGAGGAUAUUGGGUGGAAUCAUUUGGCGGUGUAUGAGAGGCAGUGGAUGUACGUCCGAUUCCCUCCAAGCUUACCUCUUUUUUAGGUCCUUCACUCCACAACAGAGUGGGUGCUAGAUCCGUGUGGCUGAUUCCGUGCAGUUUAGUUAUCUUAUUAAUUGUUCCUUUCAGGGUUUUUGCGUUUGUUAUUGGCAUGAGAUUAAUAUGCUAUAUUUGUUUGGCUUUUACUUUUUUAUAAGCCGUCGGCCCAACUUAAAUGGAUUUUGAUUGGCUUUUACUUGUAACGGGUUGGGCAGGUUGGCAAUAAGAUUAGGUACCAAAUAAAGUGAAACCCAAAGCAUUCGGCCCAUAACCUGUAGAUUGGGCAUUGGAACAAAAUAAGUUGGAACUAAA